AUGAUGUCAUUGUACGUCUACCUGUUGGUUAUCGUAAGUUUAUGCGCCGCUGAGACGUCAGAUAAAUCAGUUUUUCAAGGAGUACCAAGCGAUAAUUCCUUUCCGAAAUGGAGUAGGAGAAUUCUUAAUAGUCCACCAUUUAAAAAACCCGAGAGAAAAUUUUGGCCACCAACGCAAAAGGAGAGUCGAUUCCUUUCACUGUUCACGGUGAUAACUUUCCCUAAUGGAGACUGCGCCGGCGCAUCCGGUGACAACGGUACUUGUUUGACGGCGCGGGAAUGUUCCGGAAAAGGCGGAUCCGUCAACGGCUACUGCGCUAACGGCUUCGGGCUUUGCUGUAUAUUUAUGAAGUCAUGUGGAGCCACUACGUCAGAGAAUGGCACGUAUUUCGUUAACUCGGGGUAUCCCGCUGUUUUCGACGGAACCGGGUCCUGCGAGCUCACAGUCGUGAAGUCAGAUCCAGAUGUUUGUCAAAUUAGGCUGGACUUCGUGAGGUUCGCCAUUGCUGGUCCUGAUCAAACGAACCACGUCUGCAACCAGGAUCAGUUCAUAGUAUCGGGAGGAAAUCCUGUGCCGGGCAUUUGCGGAGUCAACCAAGGCGGCCAUAUGUACAUUGACGCCGGGGUAGGCACCACGAAUCCUGUUAAAUUGACCUUUGUAACCAGCGGCACAUCAUUCGAAAGACUUUGGAAAGUGAAGGUGACCCAGAUUCCUUGCAGUACCAUUUAUAAAGCGGAAGAAGGAUGCCUCCAAUACUACACAGGUGUGUCUGGUCAGCUCCGCUCUUUCAACUACGACCCUGCGUCCGGCCUCCAGCUCAGCAACCAAGACUACGGGAUCUGCAUACGGAUGGAGAGGAACUUCUGCGGGAUACAGUAUAGUGUGUGCCCUGAUACAGUGAAUAACCGUUCCCGUGCCUUCACAUUGAGCGGUAACAGCAACAAUCCAGUCAACUCCAUGAUUGGAUCUGGAGCUGGUCCCAACAAUUGCGCCAACGACUGGCUGUUGGUCCCAUGUGCCGCCAACGUUGGACGAAUUCAACCAGCCCAGGCCUUAUGUACAGACAGGAUAUGUGGCGGCACCUUCUCUGCCGAUCUCUCUAUGCAGUCAACCACAGUGCUUAGUACGGUGAAACCCUUCAGGCUUUGGUUCCACACUGACAACGUGGAGGCACCUGUUGACAUUGACAAUCGCGGCUUUUGUCUCAACUACGUGCAACAACCCUGCACCAACAACGUCAUGUGA